AUGCUCCAUUUGAAACUGCAACCACACCCCCGGCGCAAGCCUGAUCUCCAAACCGAAGAAUCAGAAGUCGAGUUUGAUGAAUCUUCCGAGAACAUAUUCGAGUCUUUCUUAGCUCAUAUCUUUCCCGACGAUGCUGCAACUUGGCACGGAGACCCAGGCCAGCACUUCCUCUAUUCCUCUGCCCGCUAUGGCGACCUCGAAAUUACCAUUCCUUCCUACCCGGACCAGACCAAUAAGAACACAGAAAUCGCGACAGCACAAACAACGGAACAAGAUGAUAUCGAUCGCGUCGAUGAUGGAGUUAAGCUACAUGCUCAUUUCCUAUGGAGCGGGGCGCUAGUGAUCGCGGAGGCCGUGGAGAAUGCAGAUAGCCUUGAGACCAAGGGUAUAGCAAUGACCGAUAACAAUACCGAUAUCUGGAACGUGAAAGGGGAAACUGUCAUGGAGCUUGGUGCCGCUGCCGCCCUUCCCUCACUCGUCUGUGCUCUCGCAAAUGCUUCCAGGGUCGUAGCUACCGACCACCCAUUGUCGCCCGCACUUACAGGCACAAUUGCUUAUAAUAUGGACUGCAAUCUACGCAAUCGCCUGCCAUCCCCAUCAACAGACAUCUCGAUCCACCCACACGAAUGGGGCGUAUUGAACGACACAUUCGCUCAGCAAAACAAGGGCAGAUUUACUCGCAUAAUUGCCUCAGAUUGUUUCUUCAUGAGCCUGCAGCAUCCAAAUAUCCUCCGUACCAUGCGAUGGUUUCUGGCGCCUGAGGGUAAAAUAUGGAUUGCGAGCGGAUUUCACACGGGUCGGGCGUGCGUUGCUAAGUUUUUCGAGAGGGCGGUUGAGAAUGGAUUUGAGAUUGAGCGGAUCUUUGAACGGGAUUUGAUUGAACGCGAUCAGAAUGGCAAGGAGAUUAGGAGGGAGUGGCAGCCUGUGCGGAUUGAUGAGGGUCCUGAAAACCGGAGGAGAUGGUGUGUAGUGGCAGUUUUGAAGUGGAAGGAUUAG